GCAACUGACAUUUCCAAAUCCAAAUGUCAUAUUUACGUCAAGUGUUAAUCAUCCCAAGUGAAAUGUUCAUUCACCGUGUGUUCUAAUCUCAGUUCGUAACAAUAAGCUAUUAUAUAAUUAGUGCACGCCGCGUGAAUCAGUUAAUAAAAAUCGAUUCAAUUGAAUGAUGUGCGUCCGUCUGUACACACCUCUCCUAUCGUUACUCUCAUUGUCUUUUUUCAAUUAAAAAUUCGCGAAUUACAUCUGAAAUAACAUAUCCUGACGAUAUGUUAAACGAAUAAGCAUGUCAGCUAGUGCAAAAAUGGUUUACAACAUUAACUGGAUAAUUCCAAACCUGCGGAACCCUACGAAACUAUGGAGUCUUGCCAGUACGAUAACGGUAGCUGCUGUUGGGCUUUUCAGCAAGAUUUUCAUCCAGUGGUUCAAUAAAACGAAAAUUCAUAACAGACAUAUUAUCACUUCUGUGUUGGAUAACAGGCCCCGAAAUGUACCCCUUAUCACAGUUUCUAAUCAUCAUUCAUGUUUUGACGACCCGGGCAUUUGGGGUACCCUAAAGUGGCGCCACCUGAUGAACCCUAGAGUGAUGCGUUGGUCUCUCGCCGCUCACGAUAUCUGCUUCACCUGUUCUCAACACUCUUAUUUCUUCAGUUUGGGCAAAUGCAUUCCGGUCAUACGUGGCGCUGGCGUUUAUCAAGAUGCUGUCGAUUUCUGCAUCGAACAAUUAGCGAAAGGUUCAUGGGUUCACAUUUUUCCUGAAGGCAAGGUGAACAUGACUAAAGAAAACAUGAGACUGAAAUGGGGCGUUGGAAGGAUGAUUUUUGAGUCGCCGGUCACACCGAUUGUUGUGCCUAUUUGGCACAUAGGUAUGGACGAUGUCUUGCCUAACGAGCCUCCGUAUGUCUUAAGGCUGGGCAAGAAUUUGACGUUUAAUUAUGGGAAUCCUAUAGAUCUGACAGAUAUGGUGCGUAAGUUGAAAGAGACAAACGCGACGGAUGUGGAAGCGAGGAAACAAAUAACCGAUUUUUUGCAAGAGCAGUUGCUGAAGCUGAAAACUGAGACGGAAGAGUUGCAUAAGAAGAAUUAUAAAGUGAAUUUAUGAUGUUUUAGGGAUUAGCUAGGGUUUGAUUUAUUUUAUUUAUUGAGUAUUUGAGUAAAGAACAGCAAUAUUUGGAUGCUAGUCACGUGUUUUUUGCCUAUAGAAUUUACUGUAUUUUACAGUAUAAAAGCGAGGUAUUAAUUUUUUGCAUUAUUUUUUAUCGAUUCUUAUUAUUUAAAGAUCAAAUGUUUAUACAUCACGAAUAUCUAAUGCCAAAAAUGGUCACAAAGGGCGCAUUAUUUGAUUGUGAUAUUUCUCGCGGGGGAUUCUUAAAGUUUGUAAGAUUAUACAUACUAACAUUAGAUUUAGAGAUUUAUUUAUUUUUUCAAUUGGGGACUUGCUUGCAUAAAACGUAUCGUAGAUUUUAAAUUUUGUUCCAAAACGGCCUGUAGUCUCUAGUUACAGUUAAGUUGCAUGUUUUAUAACAUAUGCCCUGAGACAGGUCAGCAUUUGCAUGUAAUUCCGUUAUUAUAGCGCUUGCGCCAUUUUAACACGUAAUUAUGUCCAUAUACGGCAUCAAUGUCUCCAGGUGUGUUUUUUGCACUGUAUACAAGUUCCCAAUUACGAUAUGUAACAGAAAGGUAGCUUGUAGAAAGUUGUAAAAAAUUCUCCCUUGUUUUAAAGUAGAUUUAGUUUUUUCCCAUUUUUAUAAUAAAUCUGCGACGGAUCAAAUGAUUUUUGUAUGUAAUUAGUUACGGACAUAAAAACGAUUGACACGGUUUUAAACAUAAUUAUUGUGAUUGUGUAUUGUUUUUUCGAUUAGAUUUGUUAAUUUGUUACGGUUAUUAUUAUGUUUUUGUUUAGAUGAGGUUUUAGGUAUGUUAUUUAUGACGCACUUCCAUUCCAAAAUCGCCGUUUUCCUGCAUAACAGUCAGUCUGUUUGCUCCUUGUUAGAUAAUUUUAGAGACUUUGUACCUAAAUAUUUUAUUGUUUAGAAUGUUGUGCUUCUAUUUUUUAAAUAAAUUCGAUUUAAUCACGA